AUGAAAAACAGCCUCUUAGCUGGUGUUACAGUAGAAAAGCCAGCAACAUUGAUUUUAAAAAAUGUUAAUCAAAGUUAUGAUGGAAUGUACAAGUUUAUCCUUACAGCAGGUGAUGAUAGUGGUGUGUCUGAAGUUACAGUUAUUAUAGCAGGUACUUUUUAACCAAGUAAAACUUCUGGUUGUCCCAAAGUUGGUGUAAUGCUUUCACUGAAGCGUUUUAGUUUUGCAUGCAUGGGUAUGGUCACGAUAAUUAUUGCGCAAUUUGUGAUUUUUCUAAUGCUUUUCAAAUACGAAUGCUAUAUACAGAGUCCUCGAUGUGUCAUAUAGAUAUAUAGCUUCGCUUAAGUCAAGUUGUCACUUAUCAAGAAUUUAGUCUCCCUUUAUUAUUUGAUCUUUGUGAUUAGAGUUGUAUACUGCAAUCUUACAAAUGACUUGUCAUAAUAAUUAAACUCUCACGUUUAAUUUCAUUACAUUUCAGUGCAGGCAACAAUAACAAUCAGUUGUUCCAGCAUCACUACAGUAAAUAAAGGUGAUGACAUCAUAUGUCUAUGUAAGGGUGAAGGUGGCAAACCUCCAGCCAAUGUGACGUGGUAUGAUAAAGAUGGCCAAAUUGGUGAAACAGGAAAUGAAAAUCAAACAUUAAUUCUUAGAAAUGUCAAUGGAACAUAUAACGGAACAUAUACAUGUAAAGCCCAAAGCCACACUCUAACUGCUGAAAAAUCAAUCGAAGUGAGAGUAAGGCCCGAUAGUAAGUAUGAUUGAUACUCAAACAUUAUAUACAACACCAUAUUUAUAGAGCGUUGGGACUAAAAUUUAUUCUCUUAAUCUUGUGUAUUAAUCUCAUAUUACCUUUCUUAAAGGCCACUCCUAUUUUUAUAAUAAUAAUAUAAUAUAACAAGUUUGUCAGUUUGCAUGCUAUUUGCAUUGAUCAACUAUAUACACGUUUACUUUAUGUAUGUUAAUAUUGACAAUAGGCUGACAAUACAAUAAGCUUACAAAGACAAGUUGCGACACUGAGGACAAAUUAAUAAGGGACACCUAUUAUAACCUGUAAAGUCGUUAAAGUAUAAAAAUAUUAGUUAUAACUACUUUUUACGAGGUUUAAAUCUUAUAGGGAUUUACACACCGCAUGCAACUUAGCAACCAUAGAGAUAUUUUAAGUACUGUUUAAUAAACGAGCAGGAGUGUUUUAUUAGGUUUAAAGCCACGAGCGCGCAGCGCGAGUGGCUUUAGACCUAAUAAAACACGUUCUGCGAGUUUAUUAAACGGCUUCAAACACGACUACAAAUUCAAUAGAAAUACUGCCUUAUUAGUAUUCUUUAUAUAAAAAAAUACUAAUGAGGACACGACUACAAUAGAUACUGCCUUAUUAGUAUUCUUUAUAUAAAGAAUACUAAUUAGGAGUGUUUUAUCAGGUUUAAAACCACUGCACGUGACAUUAUGGUUGAUAUGAUUUGCCAGUAAGCGUAUGAAUUAUUAAUGAGUUUUUGAAGUUUUAUAUAUUAAUAGAUAAUUUGGAAAUCAUCAGAUAACUUAUAUAUAAACCAAGCACUAGUCAUAUUUGUAAAUAUAGUAGUUAUACCACGUAUUUGGUUAUGGCUUUAUUUUAUCUAGUGUUUGUAUAGAACAUACAAAUCAGUGCGUGUAACUAUAAUAUAAUGGAUAUUUUAUUAUUUUGUCGUUUUUUUACAAACGCAGUUAAACAAACCAUAUCAAGUUUUACCUUUAAUCCACUAACUUCCCGACAAAGGGCCUUCGCUCGAAGCGUCGAAGUAUUUUUGUAUUUUUCGCCUUGUAUUUUUCAGGCAAUGGGUGAUUCCAGCUAUAGACUAAAUUUUGAUUUACACACGUAAAAAUCUCACAACUUAUCAACAAGGUGUGUUUGCAACAGGCUUGUAGCAAGCUUGUCAACAAGUUGUAACAAUGCUGUUAUUUUAUCAAGUUACUACAAGAUUGUCACUCACAACUUGUUGACAAAUUGUUGAAUUGCAGGACGAUAACAGGUUGUUGGAACAACUUGUAACAAGUCUGUUGAGCUCAACAACCUUGUAGCAAGUUGUCAACAAGCUGGGAACAAGCAGUGCGAACACAUCCUGUUGACAAGUUGUUGGAACAGCAUUGCUACAAGUCUGCUGCAGGUUUGUUACAAAAACUGCAAAGUUUGAUUGCGAAAUGUUGAAAAUAUAGCCCUACGAAAUUUGCAAAUUUUGUAUUCAUUUGUAUUACACACGGGAAUUUGCACCACAUUUGGGCCCAAAUAUGGUACAUUUUCCCGCGCGUAAUACAAAUUAAUACAAAAUUUGCAAAUUUUGCAGGUCUAUGUUUUCCGCAUUUUACAACAUUUCGCAACCAAACUUUGCAAUUUUACACAUUUCAACAUGCUCUUUCUAACUGUGGUGAUGGAAUUGCCCAUUGUAUAUUCUUGUCAAUUCGAAGCAUUCCUAUUUUAUACUGUUCGUAUAGAACAUACUAAUUGUAUCACCAUAUAGAAUGUACAAAUUCUAACUAUGAUAUGUUAUUAUUUUGUUUUUAUAAACGUAGUUAAACCAACCAUAACAAGUUUUACCACUAAUCCGUCAAAAGCAAUGGUGGGUCAACCAGUUACAAUCAUAUGUGUGGCUAUUGGUCGUCCAGAACCAAGUUAUACCAUCAUUCAUAAUGGUACAAGAAUUGUCAGCACUGUCAACAUAUAUGCCAUAUCUAGAGCGGAGUGGAAUGACACAGGAACAUACACAUGUAAUGCGACGAAUGCACUUGGAAAUGAUUUAGAGUUCUUGAAUUUGACCGUAG